UCAUUAGAAAUUGUUUGGGUUAGUCGUGACAUCGUAAUAAUUGAUAACAUAAUAUUUUACUGCGUAUCGUGUUCUUGUAGUAAUAUUAUCACUUAGUGAGUGAAUGUGGCUGCGGAAUCUCAUUCAUUGUUAUAGCGCUUCAGUCAGAAUGAGUCGCACACCAGACCCUGCGAAGUUGCUGCUGAGGGAAAAAGUUGCGACCCGAAUCGCUCAACUGUCAGCUGAGGAAAAGAAGCGGCAGUCGGAAAUUGUUUAUAACAAAGUUAUCAACCACCCGUACUACAAGUCAGCUCAAAGGAUAGCCAUAUUCAUGAGCACCGACCAAGAAGUUAAUACGAUGCCCAUAAUAUCUCAUAUCAAGGCCAGAGGGGCGGCCGCCUUCGUACCGCAGUACGCUGGAGGGGUCAUGAAGAUGCUAAGACUGGAGCAAGAUGAUGAGAAGACCAUGCCUCUAACUAGGCAUGGUAUACAACAGCACUCGAAAGACCAGCAACGGGAGGAUGCUUUGGGGAACGGUCUAGAUCUGAUUAUAGCUCCAGGUGUUGCGUUCUCGAAGAGUGGCGGGCGAGUCGGUCACGGGGGAGGUUAUUAUGACAAGUACAUUACCAACUUACGGGCAAACCCAAAUCCACCAAAGAUAAUAGCUGUUGCUUUCAACUGUCAAGUGAUGGAAGAGGUUCCCAUGAACGAGCUUGAUCAAAGAAUUGACGGAGUCAUCUAUGCUGACGAUUAAAUAACUAUUAUACAAGGCUACAAAGGGGAUAUCAACUAUGUGGAAUGAGUUUUGCAGUUUUAAUGUCUAACGUUAGUUUUUGUCGAACAUCGACCGACUAGUUUCGAAAUCGGCAAGACACAAACAAUAUACUUCCGCUUACUUUUGUCUUGCCAUAUCAUGCCGUAACGGUGGGCUAUUUUAGAGUUUAAGCUGCGGUGUGUAAAGUUUAUUUUGAUCUGUAAUUAACGGCUGAAGUCACUUGAAUUUUCAACGUAGAUUGCCCGACUAGUUGCAAACCAAUGUGGGGCUACGCCAAGAGCUCGAUUGCGCGACGUGGUAUGUAAGUAUACGCUUAAUUCUUAGACACACGAAUUACACGCGCGCAUAAAAUUAUUUUAUACUGCUAUAACUUUGCUAUACUACUCCUGACGCUUGACUAUUUUAUAGUUUAAACAGUCGUUAGUAUGGUUUAUUUUAUUGUUUAUUUAUUGACGGCUGAUAUCACGUGAAUUUUCGACCUAUAUUAACCGGGUACUUUCAAACUCAUAAGUAGUUCUUUGUGUACGGCGUGCCGCGUCGCGGUAGUAAGCUCAACUCAAGCUUUAUAUACUGUUUAAACUCUAAAUUGAGUGUUACACAUUCAUACAGUAAAUAGUAAUCAAUAGUUUUAGAGCAGCAACUGAACAAAGUUCGCAUAAAGAAUUACGCGUUGACAACCAUGACUUCGCAGAUUACUAUGGGAAUGAAAAGAGAUUAAGGCAUCAGAUCACUAUAAAUCAUUGGUUUUGUUAAUGAAAAACGUAACAUGUCCUAGGAGUUCACUCUUGUGAAUUUAUAGAUUAUCUGGCGAUUGAAAAAUCGUCCCGGAUGUGUCGUUAAAAUUUGUGAGGGUUGUAGAUUUUAAUUAGUAUACUUUGUGAAAACUGAAAUACUUUGUGUUCCCUUUGUCCCCCCAUUUCUAUAUGAUACUGUAUGUGAAUACCAAAAUUUUAUAUCAUAAAACCCGAUAUAUAAUUGCAUGGCGUUAAAUAAAAAGUACUGAUGUCAAAUCGAGAGUUGUGGGGUCCAGUUAUAGAACCUACCUAC